AUGAUCGACGAUAACUUAACUGCAGACGAAAGCGACAACCUUUUUGAUGGAGGAAUAAAAUUCUUCAAAAGUAACGAAACGAACUCGUUCCACAGCGUAGAACCGGUUGUUGCGAGUGAUGAGGAUAGGGAUGAGGAUGGGGAUCAGGAUGACGAGGAUGCGGAAGAGAAGGAUGAUCUAGAUAAAUUAGGAGGGCCUUACGAUGUGCAGGAAGCGGGGGAACACACCACAUGCACACCCAGGGGGGAGAAAUUAAAAAAGGGACACCACUCCUUUCUAACACAAACCACUGUAGAUAAUUCUGCGCGCAGCGACAACGAACUUAGUGAAUAUAAAAAUAUAAUUCUUACGUUAAAAAAAAUUAAUGAGAGCGUUGACUCUGCAUUUGAUUGUAACAUUGUCAACUUGUUUGUGGAAGAACAGGGGAAGCAAAGAAUUGUGAAAAAAAAAAAAAAAAAAAAAAAGAAGGAACCGCAAAAGGAACAAAAAAAAAUAGUAAAAGUAGGAACGGGAAAAAAAAAAAUAACACCCCUGCGAGAACAAGUCGAAAAAAAAAAAAAAAAUAUAUUAAAUGCCCUACUACCACUUGAUAGUUGCAAGAUUUGUAUAAAAAGGUGCAACACUAGGGCAGAACGAAUCGGGCAACUGCCAGAUAAAUAUAGAUCAAUUGGUGGUGUAGAGCAGUUCACCAGAGAGAUCAAACUAUCUAGAGCGCGUUGCGUAAGUGGACGGCGCCAUCAUGAUUUCAACGCUAGUCUGGAAGGCGAAAUAUCGGAAGGAGCGGCCGAAAUAAAAGAAGUGAUUGAAGUUGAAGGACAAAGAACACGCAACUCGCUAAGUCGAAAGGAAGAGCAAAGCGAGACAAAGGAAGGGGCACAUGACAGAGGGAACCAUCUUCUAAGUGCUAGCCAUUUUAUCGGGAAAGCUAACAACCGAAGAGAGAGCAGUCCCUCGUGCACACAAGGCUUCAGCUCCAUUACGUGCAGCAUGACAAGUAACGCGGGCGGUAGUAGCACCGCACAGGGGGGCAUCGAAGCGGUUGAGCAAGUGAGCCAACAUGCAGGUGUAGAUGAUGGAGGAGAAGAAAAUAGGCCCUGCAGUGAGGACACGGAAGGUCUUGCAGAUAUGAAGGAAGAAAAUUUUGUGGGGGGAAAAAAACUGAGUGAUGUCGAAGAAGGGGAAUUAAACAGAACCUUCUGCGGAAUUAACGACGAUAGCAACCAGAAUUUUAAGGGAAAUGGUCAUGUCGAAAUGACAUGCAGAAAGAACAGUGCCCCAUUUUUACAGUCAUCACCUUGCCACGAUUUGUCGGAGAACUACUUUGCGGUAUACUCAAGUAAAAAAAGCACAGAAGGAUGCCACACGGGGAGGGGGAAAUCAGAAAGGUUAGAAGACACCGUUAAAGAUCGCGAUGAAGACCACGUUGAACACAGUGAAGAAAAGAUCACCCCAUUUUGUGCACCUCCAAGUUGUCUAGAUAAACGACUGGAUGGGGGAGAUUUUCCCUUUUUAUGUUACUAUGGAUGUGGAAAGGAUGCUCUUGAGCAUCGUUGGAGACAGAGACAGAGAAAUUGGAGUGUCCAGAACGAGAAAACUAUGGAGAAGCGAAUAACCAUACGUGGGAGGGUGAAAAGUGUGCCAGGUGAAUACACAUCCAGCAGGAUAAUUUCCUCAGGCACACAUAUACCAAACAUAGCAAACAUGCAAAAGGAAAAAAUCGUAGAAGGAAUGAAACCAUGUGAUAUGGAAGUAGAGAAUCACAGUAAAAAUCAAUUUUACGAUUGGAACAAUAAUAAUUAUCGUGAUGGUUGUGUUACUAACGGGAGAUUAUUGCCAAAGUUUAAGUCGCUUAGUAAUGACAUGGAAGAGGCGCAUAAUGAUGGAAUGCAUUUUAUCAACGCGUCGAUGCUUCAGUCGAAUAGGCAUAAUGCCAGUAGAGCGUUACGUUCAGGUGUAUACUUGUGUGAAAGUAGUGUAAUGAAGGAGAAAUUGUACGUGGGAAAACUUCAAGGGAGAGUUCUAUCCCCCUGGGAGGAUACAAGAACUGGUGGCCAGAUUGCAGAUGUAUAUGGAGACGAUGGAGAAGUUUACAAAAAAGAGGGAGUAGAAAGAAUUCCCUUUUUUCCACCCUCCAUACGAAUGUACAACCCAGAUGAUAUGAAAAACGAUCAUCCUAUCGUUAGUGGUGGCUAUAGUCGAGUAGUCCCACCGUUUAAAGAAUUAAAGGUUAACUAUCGUAGUUCUCGGAAUUUGUCUUGGAGAAGCGGCGGUGCCUACGGACAACAGUGUCAAUUGCAGAUGAAUGUCGAAGAGAUGGACGCCGGGGAGGAGGACCAGGGAAGCAAAGUUCGGCGCGGCUUUCACGUAGAGAAAGAAAUCUUCUUCGAAGCGAUAAAGAACAUCAUACGGAUUAUGAAGGAAAUAAAAAAGAUAAAAACGAAUUUGAAAAUAGAAAGGAAUUACUGUCUAGUUAUUCAAGACAAGAAAAAAAAAAACGAAUUGAAAAAGCUUAUCGAAUACUUAACAUAUCAAAAGGAAGUGAGAAAAAAAUUGAAGAAACAUUAUUUCGAUAAGAUAAACAAAGGAUUGUUCACAUUUCUCCUUCGAAGUAACCGUGUCAAUUUUUUCUUUACAGAGGAGGAGGUAAAAUUGCUUAAACGAUGGAAUGAAAUAAAGUACACAAGGAUGAGUAGUAGUUCUGGGGGAAACACAGAGGGGGAGGGGGGUAAGACCGAGGGGGGUAAGACCUCCUGCUUUGGAAGGAGUGGUAGUUACGUGAAGGGGGGGUCGCCAUACAGAAGAAAAAUACUCUAUGAGUUGAAACAUUUAAAUAAUGUUAUUGGGCAGAAGGGAGAUAUCCAGCAGGAAGCCAACGGGGGAGAUGAAUACAUGUGGGACAAGGGGAAGGAUGAAACCUUGUGGACGAAUUGGGGUGACUCCCAGGGAGAAGGGACCUAUCCUAAGGGAAAACAAAAGAUGAGAAAAAGUGCGAAGGACUUCAUCCGAAGGGUUUAUCUGGGGAAUACCCCAUCAUGCCCCAUUUUUUACGAAUUAUAUUUUACACAUUGCGAAAAGAGUCAGAGAGAUAUAUUUAACAUUUUUUUAUGUUUGAAAAAUGUAAAAAGGAAAGGCAUUUCGCAGAAGUUUAAAAGGAAAAUAAAGAAUGGGCAAAUAUAUUUGUCGAAGAUUUACGAUGGUGCAAGGAUUCUGAGCCAUGUGAAGUACAUUUUGGUGGAGUUGUUAAGAAGAAAUGUGCCCGAGAUUAUCUGCUUACACAUUAAUGAUUGCUUCAUCGAUGCUACAAUUUCUUUUUUCAUUUCGUUACUUUUACUUCUUUUUAAAAAUGUAAAUACCAUUAAGGUUAUUCGGUGUCAGAUAUAUUAUUCCUACUUGAGUGUCUUUUUGUCUUAUCAGAAAAGGAACAACCUCAGAAGAAUGUACUUUGUGUGCAACAGUAUCUUUUGGACGAGGCCUCCAGAUUUUAGAAACUUCCCUAGGGAAGUGCAUUCCCCUAGCCACAAGGAUAACUACCUCCUCUACUUUAACACCAAUUAUGUGAAGAGGAGAAAGAGGAAGGGUUUGUCCAACUUGCGCAUUGACAACGUAACGAGACAACAAUGUGGAUACGAAGAUUCGACAGAAAGUAGUUUGAAAAGAUUCUUCGAGGGAAGGGCUUCCCUCGCUAAUGGUGCUGCUACCGGGGAUUAUAGAAUAGUCGUGAAGAGGAAGAAAAAAGUUGCUCGUUUUGGUGUGGACGAAUUUUAUGACUGCUUCGUCUUGGGGAAGAAAGGAAAUGUGAGGGGCGAUGCAAAUGUGGAGGGAGAUGAGAAUGUGGAGGGAGAUGCAAAUGUGGGAGGCGAUACAAAUGUGGAGGGCGAUGCAAAUGUGGAGGGCGAUGAGAAUGUGGGGGAGGAACCCAAUUCGGUGGAUAAUAAAAGGAUGAUGCUAAAAACCUCAGUGAACGAAUUAAACAACCCAACCAACGCAUACAACAUUCACAGCGGGUCAGGAAGCGACGAAAACACAUCGGAAGAUUCUCUAAAGGAAGAACUACACGAAUGCUUGUGUACAUUCCCAAGGAAGAGAAUACAACAAGCAAAUUUUUCCAUGUUAAAAAAAUUAAAAUUAUGUUCAAAUAAAUUAAAUGAUGAUGCCCUCAUGUAUAUAUGUACACUUAUAAAAAAAGAUAAAUUAAAAAAUUUAAAAGUACUUGAUUUGAGGUGGAACAAUUUUACAUACAGAAGUUUAUUAGCCCUCUCAUUGGCAUUAACAAAUACGACUGUGUGUGAAGGAUCAGAGAAGAUACAGUGGAAAAGGAGAAAAUUACAGAAACUUCUACUCUCCGGAAAUAACAUCAAGAGCUCCCUCUACUCUUCAUUUCUUUCAAGUUUCUGUACAUGUAAUUUUAUUGUUGUCAAAAAAUUGGACUUCUCCAUGAACGUAAUUGAUAAUGAUUCUUUCCCAAUCACAUUGAAAUAUUUCAAGCACAUUUUUAACCUACAAAAAAGGAAACAAAAAAAAAAAAAAAAAAAAAACAUUGGGGAUGGAGAUAUCUUUAUAAACCUUGAUCAUAAUAAUUUAAAAAAUUCUCCUUAUAUUAACAAAUUGGAACACCUCUUGAAGAAAUUUCCCUCCACGACAUGUAAGUUAAAUAGUGAGAACCAGACCCCUGCGAAGGAACCCAACUCAGUUGUUGAAGAUUCUCCACGAGGAGUGCUUCUCAGUUUGCAAUACAAUAAUAUAAAAAGAGGUACCUGGUGCGAAGAUCCCGCGUGGGGUACGUCUACGUCAAGGAUUAAGUUCUGA